GUUUUUCUGAAGUUUGUUCUUGAUUUCUGACGGGGACCUCGCUUCUUCUACUCGAUCACGCAGUAAAAUAAACACUCUCGAAUGGGACAUCGAUGAGCUAAGGAAUAAUACACCUAUACAGAAGGCUGCACGUCCGAUCGUUUCCCGGAUGGAUCUUUGGCUUAUUUCGUUUCGAUAGCUUUGGAAGCAUUUUGCAUGAUUUUUUUUCCUUAUGAUCGCCGUUUCCACGAACUGCUCGCUCAAUGAUGACGAUGAGUAGUAUGGCUGAAGGUUUAAUCGCCACCGACCCGUCCAAAUCGGCCUUUCUGGAGUUUGGCCAUGGUAUUCCCUCACACCAGCAGCAUUCUCCCGGGAUUUCUCACAACCACUACCCCGUUCACGGCUUGCACUCUGGUGGGCACGCUCAGCACGAAAGUCCCUUUUCUCCGUCUGCCUCUUCAUACGGCCGCUCGUUGACUUAUCCUUACCCGAGUCCAGUAAGCGGUCACCACGCCAGCGCUUACCUGUCUUAUCAACACGGCGCUCACGGGGGCUCCAUGCAGGGCCACCCCCGGAUAGACGACACAGAUCAUGACAAGUCGACGGUGAUUGAGAACGGAGAAAUACGACUAAACGGCAAGGGAAAGAAAAUCCGGAAACCCCGAACCAUUUACUCCAGUUUACAGCUGCAGGCCUUGAAUCAGAGGUUUCAACAAACUCAGUACCUUGCCUUACCGGAGAGGGCCGAUCUGGCGGCGAAGCUGGGCCUGACCCAGACUCAGGUUAAGAUAUGGUUUCAGAAUAAACGCUCCAAGUACAAGAAGAUAAUGAAACACGGCUCCAGUGGACAAGAAGGAGAACAUCUUCAUCCCAGUUCUUCCAUCUCGCCCUGCUCGCCUAAUAUUCCUCAAUUCUGGGACGUAGCAAUGGCAAACAAAGGGACGCCAAUGCCCGCCGCUGGUUACAUGAACAAUUUUGGACACUGGUACCCUACCCACCAUCAGGACAAUAUGCCGAGACCACAAAUGAUGUAAUGGACGUAUCCUUCACCAGGACUAUUGUUUAAAUGGGUCUUAGAUCCCAAAGCCUUAUGGACGACAUUGCCUGUGCUCUCCCCAUAGCGAAUUUUUAAAAAAUAUUCUCAUAUUGUUUUGCUUUUGUUAUGUUUAAAGAAUGAAGUGGCCUUGAAAAUAAAAACAAUAUAAAUAUA